AUGAAUGGCAGCUACUUGGCCCUUUCCAAUGUGGUACCAGAGGCUGUCUGGGGUGCCGAUCCCUUGGAAUCUCAUGGCGGUUUUCAUAACCUUUCUUUUGAUGCAAAUGCAAGCUUCAACAGCGCGCUAGCAGUCAAUGGGAGCGUCAAAUGGAAAACUGCCCGAGCUCUCACACACAACUUUGCUCCAGGGAAAGCUAGAACGGAGCUCCAUGUUAGCUUUCCAGAAAUAGACUGGAAGUUCACGCAAGCUGUCUAUGGAUGGUCUGCUCUACAAUAUCAGGCCUGGGCGCGCGGAUCAUUGAAUAUUGGCCAUUGGGCCCCUCAGUCUGUGGCAAUAUUCACAAGCGGGCUCCUUGAGAUUGUGAUUGAUGGCAAGCGGCAUUUCGGAGGAGAUUUUUAUCACUAUGGCACAGUACCCAUCAUUACUGAUUUAAGUACAGGUGACCAUGUGGUUGAACUGCGGCUUAUUCGCGAUGUUCGAGCUUCGGGCGCGAUAGGAGAGCCCACGAUCGUAGUGUCGCUUGCCGCGGAAAUCCGUAACGAACCUCUUAGUGUCGAUAAAGAAAGUCUGCUGCUGCCAGACAUGUGCCGUGGCAAGCUCGGUACACCUUGGGCAUCAAUUAACCUACAUAAUAACAUGGCGGAUCGGAUCGCGGUUCUUGCCAUCAGCUCAAUUGGUGGCUGCCGGCAUAAGCUGGUGAUGAAUGAGCCACUAGACUUGCUUGGAUAUCAAGCACGACCUCUCGUGUUCCGGAUCUACCUUGGUGAUUCGUCCCAAAAGGAGUUACCCGCUGAAAUAUUGUAUAAAAUACACCGCGGGAAUGAUGAGAUCUUCCAAACUUACCCACUCCGUUUGAGACUCACUGAAAAAUCAGUAUCCCAGGCCCAGAAGCUUACAUACUUUUAUGCAGGCAUAGUCUCUUAUGCCAUCCUGCGCCCUCCCCCGGUGACAUGUGCACCUGCUAUUCCCGAGGGAGAUGGCGCCUUGCCUGUCAUUGUUGGCUUGCAUGGUGCAGGUGUCGAGGCAGACAGUGUACAAGUUCGUGAGAUGUUGGAUGCCGCGUAUGAUACUUGGGGUGCUGGAGACGUCGAAGCUGCUGUGAACGCAAUUCCACGUUGGAUUGACAGUACUGGCUGGGAUAUGGUGCGCGUAUCACAGGAAGAAUGGAUAGUCGUCGGACAUUCAAAUGGAGGGCAAGGGGCGUGGUUUUUGGCCACCCAUUAUCCUGACAAAGUAAUCGCCGCAGCACCAGUGUCGGGCUACUCAUCCAUUGAGAAUUACGUACCUUACAACAUGUGGCGGGAUUCCGAGCCUCUGCUCUCAUUCGUGCUCUCGAGGUCACGGUCAAGCUUUAAACAUGAGUUGCUGCUAAGCAACGUUGCGGGUAUCCCGAUAUUACAACAGCACGGCUCAAUUGAUGACAAUGUCCCUGCGUUUCAUUCGCGCUUAAUGCAUGAAUUACUUGGACAGACCCAGUGGCCAUCACAAUAUGAUGAAUUGCAAGGCCAGAAUCACUGGUUCGAUGGCGUAUUGACCACCCCAUCCCUUCUGGCAUUCUACAAUGAAACUGCCACCUUUCCUCGUCGACGCAGGCUUCCUUUGGCAUUCACCAUCACUGUUCCGUCCUCAGCAAAUAUUGCGAAAGGUGGGAUCUAUGUCGAUCAAUUGCGAUCUCCUGAUAGGAACGGAGUAGUGCAGGUCACUAGAGAUGCGUAUAGCGGUAUCUGGUACCUAAAUACGACCAAUAUACAUCGCUUCCACCUUUCGCCAAGGGACUUGAGUUUCACAAUGCCCUCUGCGCUAGUCUUGGACGGCAGAGACCGUUUUGAAGUGGGUUACAUCCGGCCAGAACGCAUGUGGUUUCUGAGAGAUUCUCGAGGAAGGUGGACUGUCUCAGAGAGAGAGGAUUGGCGCCAAUUGAAUGAGCGGUAUGGUCGUCAGCUCGGAGCUAUGGAUGCCGUCCUGCGCACCAAGGGCACCUUCAACAUCGACAUAUGCUCAGCUGGGAUUGAGCACAUAGCUGUGCAAAUCAGUCGUAAUCUUCUACAAUAUUUCGCUGCAGAUUCCCAACUAUCACGGCAAUGCGGUUCCCUAAUUAACUCCGACAGAAAUCAGGACCGAGUUGUUGAUAGCGGGAAUGUUAUCACACUCGCCCUGGGCACCGAACUACCUUCAUCGAAACAUAUAUCAUUUCCGAUUCGCAUACAGGGCCAAGGUCUCAGUCUCUUCCAGGGCUGUUGCUGGCCUCGGGCAGACACAGAGGCAAGCCCCAGUCCAGCAUGA